AUGGUGACUGUAACACUACAACAGCCAGCUGGGCUGCAGGCAGACCGUGCUUCGAAAGAAGAGAACGCCAAGUCUCUGUCCCUCAUUGCUGUCAUGGGGGUUACCGGCUCCGGAAAGAGCAAUUUCCUACAGCACCUAAUUGGAAAGGGGCGAGAGAAAGGGCCGACUGUUGGGCACAGCCUCUCCUCGUGUAGGUCUUUCACCAGCAGCUGGCGGCGCGAGACUUACAACGCGUCAGGCACACAGAAAACCGAAAUAUACGAAUGUCGAUUGGGCAACAAGCAAGUCGUCUUCUUCGACACCCCCGGCUUCGACGACACUUACCGCGGAGACGCUGACGUGCUUGCCGACGUUGCUCAGGUGCUUAGUUCCUCGUAUAAGAACAACCUCAAGUUGAACGGCAUCAUAUACUUGCACCGAAUCAAGGACGAGCGGAUGACAAACGCAAUUAUGCGCAACCUCACUAUGUUUCGAAAUCUCUGCGGUGAUGCUGCCUUUCAAAAUGUGGCUCUUGUAACAACGUUCUGGGACGAGUUGCAGGAUCAAAGCAAGGGCGAGGAUCGCGAGGAACAACUCCUUGCCCGAAGUGAAUGGUGGGGAUACAUGACUGCCAAGGGCUCUAAGAGUAUGAGAUUCCACAACACUCGAGAGUCUGCGUUGGACAUUGUCUCCAAGGUCAUUGACUUGGAUAUCGUCACUCUGCAAGUACAGGAAGAAAUGGUCAACAGGGGGCUCGAGGUCGAUCAGACGACGGCUGGUGAGGCCUUGAAAUCUGAGCUUGCCGAGCAGCGCAAGGCAUUUGAAAAGGCUCUCCAAACCCUCCAUCACGAAAAAGAGCAGGCGAAACGAGACCACGAUGUGCUCCUACAGCAGAUGAUCGAGACGAUGGAAUUGGAAAAGGCGACACUGCUGCAAGAGAUUGAGAGUGAGCAAGCGGCUUUGCAUGCGGAUAGGCGAGAAGAGCGGCGUCGGAUUGAGCAAGAAUUUUACGACGAGAAGCUGAGGCUGGAACGGAUGGUUCAAGAAGUCGCCGCCGAAUCAGUUCGCAUCAAGGAGGAGACCGAGACGGAAGCCAGAGAAGAGCGACGCCGCCUGAAGGCUGAGUUCGACGGCAAACUGCAUGAGUUCAGCGAGCAGCAAAGCCAGGAGGUGCAAAAAAUUGUUCGGGAGUUUGAACAGCGACUUGCUGCGGAGAAGGAAGAUGGUCAAAGGCGCUUAAGCGAGGCCCUGGAGCGUUCUGACGCUGUCAUUCGCGACCUAAGAAAUAGCAUGAACCGCUCCAGAAGUGAGGAUCGAAGAAAAUACGAAGAGGAGAUCAAGAACAUCAAAAGGCGCCAGAGGGAGACAAAGGAGCAGAGUGAAAGGUGGGCAGAUGAUAUGGAAAGGAUCAACCGCGAGAUUCUAGCCAGUCAGGUUGAGCAGCGAGACGCGGACAAGAAGGACCAGGGUGGAAUUAAGACAAAGAUUGACAAGUUGAAGGAGCAGAAGAAGUCAAAGACUCAGGUUUUUUGGUCCCGGAUCGGGGCUCUUGCUGGGGUUGGGAGUUUGCUGCUUGCUGCACUUGCAUGA